AUGGGCUUCUCGAAGCGAGUUCACAACAACGAGAAACUCAACGACGAGAUGGACGAACUCGAGGGCCGCAUGCGACAGGACUGGGAGCAAUUGGAGCAGGAGAUCGCCGAGUCACGUGUUCACUUGGAGCAGCACGAGCUGCAGAUGUUCCAGGCUCUGCAACGCUACUUCCGCUGCAUGGACCAAUACGUCUCCGUGCCGGGAUCUCGGCAAAAGGCGCUUCAGGAGCCGGAGCUGCGACAGAGCAUCCGUGACUUGGGCAGUCAGUCUGCUUCACUCGAUCAGCCCUCGGACGUCCUCGAGGUCGUAGAAACGAUGGUGGAGGAAAUCAAGCAGCUGCGCCAAGUCCUGGACUUGGAGUCCAAGCGCCACGACGCCUACGAGCACGCCCUGAAGAAGCUGAGCCUGGCAGCCUUGGUCGGCGAUGACAAUGUGAUGCAGGAUCCCGUGACUGCCCAGGUCGUGAAGGAGAUCCGAAGGUGGGAGAUCGACGGCUCUCUCGAAGACUGGGUCGCACAAGAGACGGCAUCCCUGGGCAAGAACGAGUACGCCGCGCGGGUGACGCGGGUGAAGGCCGAGAUCGAGGAGCUGAAGAAGCGACUGGAGCGGUACAAUGCGCGGAAGCAGCGAAAGCGCCGGAAUUCUCAUGGGAAGAAGACAGGUGGCGAGGCCGCGGAGGAACUGCCGACAAGCGGCAGCGCCUUUCAGAAUCUGUCGCUUUUCGACGACUCGGUGGAGUGGAACUUCAAGCGUGAGCUUUCGGACAUCCGGAAAGCGCAGAAGAAGCUGGAAGACCAUCUGGCAAAGUUCGAAGGGCUGAAUAGCCUCAUCAAGUACCAAGAACCUGAUCUGGAGGAGAGCUUGAACAAGAUCUUGGAGGUGACGACGAGAGCCACGAUGAUGCGGCUCACUCGGCGCAUCGAGCGCCUGCCAAAACCGAUGACUGCCGAGGAGCAGGAAGUGGAGAACUUUGCCAUUAUCAGGCAGGCGGAGGGCGAAGAGGACGAGAAAGAGCACAGGGAUAACAUGAAACGAAUGCAGUCGGAGAUGGAGCUGAUGCAGAAGCAAGCCGAUGACCAGGAACAGAAGCAAAUGCAAGUGCAACGGGCAAUUCGUCAUGAGCAGCGUGUUCAAGAGAGUUUGCAAACUGAGAUUGACGAGGCCAAGUCCAUGAUUGAGUCCAUCGACGACAACGUGAGCCUGGUCGUGGCGCGGGAGACGAUGCGCCAGGCGGAGGACGCGAGGUUGGCCAACGCUGUGGCUCGGCGAGCUCGCGAGAAGGAGAAGGAGCUGCUCGAGCAGACGCAGGCUCGCGAACGGGCGGAGGCCCAGCUGGGCCAGGCCACGUCUCUCUUUGAGGAAGCCAAGGCGCUAGCGCAGCGCAUGCUGCGUCGCCGGGCCGAGGAGCUCGAGAGCGACUCCGAGCCCUCGGCGGACGAACUGGGAGAUGCAGAAGGGACCAGCGAGAAGUUGGUGACCGGGCAGGUGCUCGAGCGUCUGCAGAAGUCCCAGAACUUCCCUCAAAGCUUGGCCGCUGCCGCCCCUGCCGAAGACAAAGGCUCCAUGAAAAGGGGAGCCGAGCAAAGCGCGGUCAUGAAAGCACGGCGGCAAUCCAUGAGCAAAGGUGCCGCGGCCAUGGCUGACAUCUUAGGACGUUUCGACAGGGAGACUGGCCCGGGCGCUAGUGGCAGCACCCUGCAAGGAGGGGAUGCAUCCCCUCAGUCCUCCAACACCCUUCGCACGUCGAAGUCUGGGCGACGACACAGCGCGCUCAGUGCUUUCGGAAUGGCCGCGCAGAGGGCGGUAGGAGACGCUUCGGGUCGUCGAAUGUCUGGAAUGUCUGGGCAACGUGCAGCUCUGCUGGCCGUGGGUGGUUUCAUGCAGGGCGUCCACCAGAAAGAAGGAGCUGAGAAUUCACCUUCCGAAUCUGGCAAAGGCUCACCCAGUCACUCGAAGUCUCGCGCUGACCAACCACUCGAGCCAGCCUUGCGAAAGGACGGCCGAAGAACGACUCUGGCCAAUAUGCUGAGUAGUGCUGCGAAGGCUCAAGCGAGAGCACGUGCUGAUGCCGAUGACGACUUGGAACUUGGCAUCAGCAACUCGAUCCGCUCGCCUGGAGGAGGCGCGGACUCCGACACCCUGCAGUCCUCGCAGUCUCUACGAACUCCGAAGUCUGGUCGAAGGCACAGCGCACUCAAUACAUUGGGAAUGGCUGCGCAAAAUGCAGCCGGAGAUGCAGGGUCGGGUCGUCGAGUGUCGGGAGUGUCGGGGCAACGCGCGGCUCUGCUGGCCGUGGGUGGUUUCAUGAAGGCCAGUGCUCACCAUACAGAUGAAGAGGCUGUGGCCUCAGGAGACUCACCCGAAUCCGGCAACGCCUCGCCAAAUCGCUCAAAGUCUUUUCGUGGCGAUGACCAGCCACUUGAGCUAGCUUCUCGAAAGGGCCGUCGGCGAACGACUUUGUUCAAUGCGCUGAGUAGUGCUGCAAAGGCCCACGCAAAGGAGCGUGCUGAUGCCGAAGACGACUUGGAACUUGGCGUCAGCAACUCGAUCCGCACGCCUGGAGGUGGCACAGACCCUGACGCUCCACAGUCGUCGCAAUCUUUACGUAUGCAGUCGAAGCCUGGACGACGGCACAGCGCACUCAAUGCCUUCGGCAUGGCUGUGCAAAAGGCGGCCGGAGAUUCUGAUGCCCCGCAGUCCUCGCAUUCUUUGCGAACGCCGAAGUCUGGGCGACGGCACAGCACGCUUACCUUCGGCGCUGCUGUGCAGGCCGCGCAGGCCGCGCAGUCCGAUAAUACCCAGCUGGGCCGCCGACUGUCUGGUCAACGGACGGCGCUGUUGGCAGUGACAGGUUUCAUGAGGGCGUCGGAAUCUCCGGCGGAAUCUCCGGCACCUUCGAGGUCUCUUCGAGCACUUGGUCAUUCGGAGCGGUAG